CGUUGUGAGGAAGGGCUUGUGCUGCGUGUCCUCCUCGCACUCGCUUCAGGAUCCACCGUUUUCGUUCAUGCGAUUGCAAAUGUGAUUCUUAUCAGUGAAAGUGAUAAUCGAUCUUAUCAUGACGAGAUGCCAUGCUUGGAGAACCUGCAUGAAAAGUUAUUUUUAAUCAUUCAAGGAAGAAAUUAAUGACAACUUGAAACAGUUCACGUUACUUUUGAGCGUCACUUGAACCCUAAAGACUAUAAACGAACUUGAGGGUUAAAAAAAAUAAUUAAAAAUUGGCCCAGAGAUAUUACUGGCGCACAGAUUACUGAUCUAAGACCUCGAUACGGAUAAGACAAGACCCUAAGAAUUUACCCACCCACUUUAUUUCCCCUAUUCGUAAAUUUUCUUAAUGACCUGUAAAAAAGAAAGUAUAUAAUAACCCCUACUCACAUCGAUUCUUCUACCCCCCCCCCCCCCCCCCCCCCCCCCCUUAACCCAAACCUCACCCACCGCGAGAAUAUCGUGAAACUUGGAGACCUAAAAAAAAGAGAAAAACAACAACAAAAAAAGGGGAGAAAAAGGUAAAAGUAAAGAAAAUAAAAAGCCAGAUUCUCCGUCACCAUGGUCGUCCCCUGCAGUAAGAAGACGCCGGUGCUCUUCUGCCUUCUUCUCGUGUUGGAAGUGUGCAGCGCCACAGCCUACGACCCCGAGGCCAGCAUAACGGGGUUGUACACGGGCCCAUAUUUUGACCCCCUCGCCCCCCGUAAUCUCACAGCCCACCUUGGGGAUGAGGCCACGCUGCCCUGCACAGUGCGACAGCUGGGAGACAAGUCGGUAUCCUGGGUACGGAUGAGAGACGCAGACAUUCUGACGGUAGAUCGGUACACCUUCGUGGGAGACGAGAGGUUCGAGUCCCACUACUCGGCCGAGCUGGAGACCUGGAACCUGGUGAUCAAGUAUGUGCAAGAGAGGGACGCCGGACAGUACGAGUGCCAAGUGUCGACGGAGCCCAAGAUGAGCCAGCUCUUUAACCUCCGGGUUGUCAUUCCCAAAGUGACGAUUGUACCUCCUGGCGACCGUUUUGUGAAAGCCGGAAGUACGGUUCGCGUGGACUGCCAGAUCACAGACGUCGUACAGCUUCCUGACUACAUAUUCUGGUACCUUGAAGAUCGUCGAGUUAUGGACCAUCAGGACCCGAACUUGCUGGUGAGUGUUGGCGAGUUCGAACUGUGA